AAUAAAAAUAUCAUGGCUGAAGCUGCCUCUGCCGGAGGUGCCCGCGGUGGAUUUGGAGCUCGUGGAGGAGACCGUGGACGUGGCCGUGGACGUCGUGGUCCUCGCCGUGGAGCCAAGAGUGAGGAGAAGGAAUGGAAGCCAGUUACCAAGCUUGGGCGCCUCGUAAAUAAUGGAAAGAUUGCGAGCAUGGAGGAGAUCUACCUCCACUCUCUGCCAAUCAAGGAGUACCAGAUUGUCGACUUCUUCUUGCCCAAAUUGAAGGAUGAGGUUAUGAAGGUAAUAUUCAUUAAAGCUGCGAUAUAAAGUGCAAUUCGCGAGAAUGGGAACUAAUGCGUUUGGUUUGGGGUAAAAACAGAUCAAACCUGUCCAGAAGCAAACUCGUGCUGGUCAGCGUACCCGUUUCAAGGCUAUCGUUGUUAUUGGUGAUAGCGAGGGACAUGUCGGUCUCGGAAUCAAGACCUCCAAGGAGGUCGCUACUGCUAUCCGUGCCGCCAUCACCAUUGCCAAGCUCUCCGUUCUCCCCAUCCGUCGUGGAUACUGGGGCACCUCUCUCGGGGAGCCGCACUCCCUUGCUGCUAAGGAGUCUGGAAAGUGUGGCUCCGUUACCGUAAGAGUAUGCUUCCCUCUACUUCCUGUCUAGUUACACAAGCAUCUCACAUAGAACAACAACAGUUGAUUCCUGCUCCCCGUGGAACUGGUCUCGUCGCCUCCCCCGCCGUCAAGCGUCUUCUCCAGCUCGCUGGUGUCCAGGAUGUCUACACCGCCUCCUCUGGAUCCACCAAGACCCUUGAGAACACCCUCAAGGCUACCUUUUCCGCGGUCGGAAACACCUACGCUUUCCUCACACCCAACCUCUGGAAGGAGACUAAGCUGCUGAGGAGCCCUCUAGAGGAGUUCGGUGACCACUUGAAGAUGAAGGAGAGGUAUUAAUUGUUCUUAAAAAAUGGGAAUGGGGAGUUUCGAUCCUUUGUCACUGUAAGGUUGGGGAUAUUUGAAAAAAAAAAAAAAAAAAUCUAAACAACCUGUCGUUUUUCCCUUU